AUACAAAAAUUAGCCAGGCAUGCUAGCUCACACUUAUAGUCCCAACUGCAAGUGAGCUGAGGAGGGAGGAUCAUUUGAGCCCAGGAGGUCAAGGCUGCAGUGAGCUAUGUGUUUGCACCACUACACUCCAGUCUGAGCGAUGGAGCGAGAUCCCUUCUAGAAAAAAAAAAAGGUGUCCAGUCUCCUCCUGUCCAAGGAGACCACCAAGCAUGCUUCCUGCAAACCUCUUUAGGAUCUGAUCUGAAUUCCAGAGGGACCAUGUCUCCUGUAGACCCGGGGCCAGGCAGCCUCCUGUUUCAGUCAACAGGGCCGAGGGUAGUGUUUUUCCUCCCUCCGUGGGAGCAGCUAGGGGGCAAUGGGUGGUGUCCAGGGGUGUGCACGAGACCAUUCCUGCCUGCCAGGGUCUCAUCACAGCCUGCAGGCCUUCUCAGCCCUUGACUCGUGUGGAUUGGAACAGCUCUCCAUUCCACAGCUGGGAAAACCAAGGUUCAGGAAGGGAUGAGACCCACCCAAGGGAGUAGCCAGUACUGAGCUGCGAGUCCAGCUCAGGGCUAGGAAUGAGGACCCUAGGUCUGAGCUAGCAGUGACUGCCUGGAGGCAGGAACUCCAGGGCUGGGGCGCCAAUGUCAGCCUGACCAGCUAGUGGUGAGCACCACCCAGCCAGGGCAUGUGGGGUGUAAACUGUAAAGUGCUUGAUUUAUUGUACAGGACCCAGGGGGCUUCCUGCUGGUGACGGAGUGCAGGAGGGUGGCUGUGGAGGGGUCAGUGCCCACAGGUAAUGUAGGGUCUUCGGGGCUUCAACCUUGGGCACUCCUCCCCUCCUGGUGAGGAGCCUACAUACAGCCUGGGCUGAGCUGGGAGAGCCUUUGCCUGAAAGUUAUCCCCUAAGGCUUCCUCCUCCUCUUAUGUAACUGCUUUUAUUCCCGGGGAAAAUCAAGAGCCUGGGAACCCCACAAAUCUCUUGUGGCAUCUGGAACAGUUUGGGAUUAUGGCAAGGAUUUCGGAAACUGAGAAAACAAGGCCUGUGGACUAGGGGUUUGCGGGGCUCCCCAGGAGCGGCAUGUGUGGAGCGCCUGCGGAGGCACAGGCCUGGGCAAACAUGUAUGUGAACAGAUGUACACACCCUGGAGCCACUCACAGAAACACACACGCACGCACUUGGGCACAAUCCCAAACACCUGUGCCUGGUGAAUGCAGGUGCGUUUUCCUGCGCAGGCACACGCGUGGCUGGCAAGCCUCCAGGCAGACACUGUGCACCCAGCAUUCACGUUCUCCCCCAGCCUGGGGGCCUGAUGGGGGAUGGUGGCUCUCAAAGCUACCUCAGGGCUACGCCUCUGCCUCCAGGAACAAGCUUUCCCAGCCUUGUCCCUUUCCCGUCUCUUCCCCCACACCUUCUCACCACAAGGACAGAGGAGGGGCCCUUCCUGUUAGCUGGCUGGGAGCAGAGGUGGCUUUGUCUUUUCGGAAGAACUAGUUCCGUGGAAUUUGUGCUUCUUUCCCAUCAAGGCUCAAGGGCCUGCUUUGGGGCUACCUCAGGGCCCCACAGGGUGAGGGGCUGGUUUUCAGAGUUUUCUGCCUGCCUGUCGUCUGGAUAGUGUCUAAAAAUUUGCAAAACUGCCUUCCUGUCAGUGUCUUGCUCAUUCUUCCUGACACUCCUGAGAUGUAAGUGCCUUCACUUCCUCUGUCUGGCAGAUGAGGGAACUGAGGCCCAGAGAGGGACGGGACUGUCUGAGGUCACACAGCAAGUUGAGGCAGGGUUGACCAAAACUCUCAUGAGCUGGGGCUGGGAGGAAAGUGCUUUCAGCUUCCUGGGGCUUAGGGUAUGAGGAUUUGGCUCCCAGAGCCUAGAGGGUGGGGCAGGCUGGCACUACCAGGUGGGCCUGCCACAGGAACACCUCACACUCCUUUACCAAGAUCUGACGGGGCACAGCCAGCCCCUCAAAGGCCAGCACUGUGCUGUGAGGCUCACUCCUGUACCACCUUCGUGGACAUCCUAGGGGAGAGGGCAGGAGGGGGAGCAGGAACACCUCUGCCAUGCUGUGUGACCCAGGCAAGCCCCGACUCUCUCUGGGUCUGGUGCCUUCCCAUCUACUGGGAUAUUGGGAUUGGGGAUUAGUUGAGGGAUGUGCUCCCUCUCCAGACCACAGAGGAAGCAGAGAACUUCCCCAGGGCCAGGAGUGGGGCGCAAGCUCAGGAUACUCGCUGCCAAAGCCCUGGUGGCCCUGAGCUGCAGCCUGUACCCAGGGAGUCCGGGCCCUGGCCAUGGCCUGCUGCUGAGAUCCACCAAGGCAGGGCCCAGCACAGAGUGGGGGCUCAGGGCCUGGGGGCUGGGAGAGGGGAUCUGGCAAAUCCAGAUGGGGCCUGUCCACCUGUCUGAGGCUGCGGCCCCCUGACUCUCUGCCUCUCACCCUCCUUUAUGUUUCUCUACAGCUGCUCUUACCACUACCCGGCCUGCUAUAUAUUUACUCAUUAACCGAAAGAAACUAAUCUUCCCUGCUAGAAUACAGGUGUCUCAAGGGCGGGACUUUGUUUUUUGACCUCAAGUGCCUUGAACAUUACUUGAAUAGAAUAGGUGUCCAAUAAGCUCUUGUUACAAAGAAGAGGAGGAGGAGGAAGAGGGAGAAUGAAUCAUCUUACAGUUGGAGAGGGCUCACCAUAGGCCCGGCUAGAGUCGCCCUGGCUGCCUUCUCCUCAUCAAGCCCAAGCUCAAUGAUGGAUUGGCACUGGGGAGGGGAGGGUCGUCUGCAGUCAGCCUUUCUCCCGAGAUCACCUUCCAUCUUCAGCGCCAUCCUCAUUCCUGGGUGGGGCUUGUCUGGACCCACAGGGUUGGAGCCAUAGACAAGAGAGCCAUUAAUCUCAGGGUCUCAGCUUCUCUCAACGGACCUUCCAGGCACUGCUGAGAAAACCAGGGUAAUGGUUUCCUGCAGCAGCAACAAGCAGGAGCAGGGCCAUCUCCAGACUCCAGAGAAUGGGGAGGACGAGGAAAAGUGGCCACCUGAUGCAUGCCUUCCCUGGACCAGGCCCUGGUCCUGAAAUGUUAUCUCACUGCAUCCUCCCGACAGUCCCUGGGGCUAAAUUGGUGAUGCUGCUUGUUUGGGUGAGCAAACAGAGGGUGAAUGAAGUGACUUGCUGGCACCUGGGUAGAGGCUGAGGUCAGCGUUGGUAUAAGGGACUUGAGCAUCAGGGUUCUCGGGAUUUGAGCCCUGGCCCUGCUGCCUGCCAGCUCUGUGCUGUGGCAACUUACUUCCUCUCCCAGAUGUCUUGGUUCCCUCAUCUGCUGCCUCUCCAGACUUCUGCCAGACAUCGCACGCGACAGUUUCAGGCACAGGAACUUUCUGGCAGCAGGCACUGCUCCACAAGUGGGAAUUUGUUCCAGCACUUCACAGACUGCAACUGAGGCGCUCGCUAACUCCUGGAUAACAAGACGUCUGCCAGAAGGACCAUGUCUUUGGAAGGUGGAGUUCAGGCUGAGGAGAUGGGUGCUGUCCUCAGUGAGCUCCUGCCUCUCUGAACGUAGGAAAUCCAGCUGGGCAGCCAUGGAGCGGGACAAUGGCACAGGCCAGGCUCUGGGCUUGCCACCCACCACCUGUGUCUUCCGUGAGAACUUCAAGCAACUGCUGCUGCCACCUGUGUAUUCGGCCGUGCUGGCGGCUGGCCUGCCACUGAACCUCUGCGUCAUUGCCCAGAUCUGCAUGUCCCGCCGGGCCCUGACCCGCACGGCCGUGUACACCUUAAACCUCGCCCUGGCCGACCUACUGUAUGCCUGCUCCCUGCCCCUGCUCAUCUACAACUACGCCCAAGGUGACCACUGGCCCUUUGGUGACUUCGCCUGCCGCCUGGUCCGCUUCCUCUUCUACGCCAACCUGCACGGCAGCAUCCUCUUCCUCACCUGCAUCAGCUUCCAGCGCUACCUGGGCAUCUGCCACCCACUGGCGCCCUGGCACAAACGUGGGGGCCGCCGGGCCGCCUGGCUAGUAUGUGUAGCCGUGUGGCUGGCUGUGACAGCCCAGUGCCUGCCCACAGCCAUCUUUGCUGCCACAGGCAUCCAGCGUAACCGCACUGUUUGCUAUGACCUCAGCCCGCCCAACCUGGCCACCAACUACAUGCCCUAUGGCAUGGCUCUCACUGUCAUUGGCUUCCUGCUGCCCUUUGCUGCCCUGCUGGCCUGCUACUGUCUCCUGGCUCGCCGCCUGUGCCGCCAGGAUGGCCCGGCAGGGCCUGUAGCCCAGGAGCGGCGUGGCAAGGCGGCUCGUAUGGCAGUGGUGGUGGCCGCUGCCUUUGCCAUCAGCUUCCUGCCUUUUCACAUCACCAAGACAGCCUACCUGGCGGUGCGCUCGGCACCGGGCGUCUCCUGCCCUGUGCUGGAGGCCUUUGCAGCAGCCUACAAAGGCACGCGGCCAUUUGCCAGCGCCAACAGUGUGCUGGACCCCAUCCUCUUCUACUUCACCCAGAAGAAGUUCCGCCGGCGGCCACAUGAGCUCCUACAGAAACUCACAGCCAAAUGGCAGAGGCGGGGUUGCUGAGUCCUCCAGGGCCUGGGCAGCCUUUAUGUUUGCCAUUGUGGCUGGGGCUCUGGGAGCCCCACCAACCCCAAACCAUGCAGAGAAUUAGAGCUCAACUCAGCUGGGCAUGGAGUAAAGUCCCUCACAGGACCCAGAAACUCACCAACAACUAUUUAUUCAGCCCUUCUCUGGCCCAGGCCCUGUGGGCAUGGAGAUGAUCAGGCCUGAGCCUGGCUCUUGAGAGGUCCUGGUCAGCCGUGGAGAGCUGGGGAUACCACGUUAAGGUGCUCACAAAAAUACAGUGUGACAUGUACUGUCA